CAGCAUUGACUUACGGACCAAUGGAGAAUAUUCACACCUGUGGAGACAAUGAGUUCGGUCCUCAAGCCAGCCAUGGUUGUCGCGGCGGGUUUGACUUCACAUUACUCUUCGAAGAAUGUUUCUUCUCAAUUGCGCCCUCGAUUCUGCUCUUGCUCAUCCUUCCCGUUCGUUGGAAGCAGCUGCAACCCGGGCGGAUUAGUAAGGUCUCGCAAAGCUGGCUCUACUGGGCCAAAUUGGGCCUCGGACAAGCAUUUGGGGCAACUCAACUAGCAUUACUGAUUGUUUGGCUCUUGCCUCAUGCGCCACGAACACGAGCAUCCCUACCAGCUGCGGCCUUGUCUUUCGCAACCUCACUUGGCCUAUUGCUACUGUCGCAUCGGGAACACCUCUUCUCUAUCCACCCUUCCCACAUUCUCAAUCUUGCUUUAUCUGUGUCCCUUCUUCUCGAUGCGGUGCGCGCUAGAAGCUUAUGGCUUGCAUCUAAUACUACUAUCGCGGGACUCUAUUCAGCAGGUAUUGCAAUCAAGGCAACAUGGUUUUGCUUAGAGUCCCGCUCAAAGCGCGCACUUCUGAAACAUGGUGAAGUUCAGUACGGCAAUGAGGAGAUCACUGGUCUCUACAGUCGCGCCUUUUUCUGGUGGACAAACCCGUACCUCUUUCUAGGCUUCAAGUCUCUGUUCUCCAUCGACGAUCUGCCGCACCUUGACAGAAGCCUAUCCGCUGAUGUACUGCAUAAGCAGUUGAAUAGGUCAUGGAAUCGUGCCUCGAAACGUUCACACAAUGCUUUGGCUUACUGCAUGAUGUACACUUUCAAUUCCUCGAUCAUCUAUUCUUUCAUUGCGAGACUAGCAUUUAUUGGACUAAGCUACUCGCAGCUGUUCCUGAUAACGGCAUUGACGGACUAUGUCGAGGAAGCCAAGCCUGACCGGAACAAGGGUUAUGGCUUGAUAGGCGCGUUUGGACUGGUGUUCUUGCUCAAAAGGAUAUUCGAUUGUCUCUAUCAGCAUCACAAUUACCGCCUGAUAACAAAAGUCAGAGGCGCAGUGGUCUCCUUGAUUUACCAGAAGACCCUGACUCUGCGAUUGGAUGAGUACAGCGAGUCGGCUGCCUUGACUCUAAUGAGCAAUGACAUCGACAAUAUUGCGUUUGGAAUCCAAAACAUGCAUGAAGUGUGGGCUAGCCUUGUGGAAACCGGUAUUGCUCUGUACCUGUUGCAGCGGCAAGUCUCCUGGGCAGCGGCCGUUCCUGCCUUUGUUUCUCUCGUGGCUAUGCUAUCUAUGCACCUCCUCUCUAGCUCAAUGCCUGGUCGGCAGAAAUUAUGGAUGCAGGCCGUACAGCAGAGAGUGGCGUUUGCCUCCAGCUAUCUGAAUGCCUUUGCCGCCAUCAAGAUGUUGAAUCUGCAUCUCCGCCUGGGACUGAUCAUGCAGAAGUUACGAAUCGACGAGUUGGACAGGGGGAAGAAGUUUCGCCAUGUUAUGGUGAAAAUGAAUCUGCUUGGUGGUGCAAUCACAAAUUUGAGUCCAGUGCUUACGUUGAGUAUCUAUGCUGCCAUCGCCCUUCAUACGGGUCGUGCCCCCUUGGAUGUGGCUGCGACGUUCACCACCCUCUCUGUUAUCUCUCUUUGGAGUACCCCGCUGUCAAACCUUGUUUACUCAGGACCUCGAGUGGCGGGCGCCCUGGAAAGCAUCCAGAGGAUUCAAGCCUAUCUUACAACAGACACAAAGCCUGAUCGUCGUGCUGCCCAGCCACAGACCGCCACUGCCGCAUCCAAAUCAACCGCAGUCGAAGGGAAAACUGAAACUGCAGGAUCCAUUGAGCUCUUUCCAAGCCCAAGCAAACUCGAGAGGACGCAUGUUCCCACGGCUGAUCUAGUUCAUCUGUCUGACGCUGACCUCGGCUGGACAAGCACAUUAGACCCUAUACUAACGAAUGUGAACAUCAGAAUUUCUCCUUCAUCCUUAACAAUGGUCGCCGGACCAGUUGGUUCUGGUAAAAGCACACUACUGAAAGCAUGUCUCGGCGAAGUGCCUUGUCUCAGGGGCUCUAUCCACAUCAAUGUUGCCAACAUCGCAUAUUGCGGUACGAAGACAUGGAUCCGUAACCGCUCGAUUCGGGACAACAUCUGCGACCCUUUCCCGUAUGAAGAAGAGUGGUACCGCACUAUCCUUCACGCGACAGCUCUCGAUCGCGACAUCGAUGCUCUGCCCGAGAAAGACUUCACGGUUAUUGGCAGCAACGGCAUCUCAAUGAGUGGUGGACAACGGCAGCGAGUUGCCAUUGCUCGUGCAGUGUAUGCGCGGACCAAACUAGCCAUCUUUGAUGAUGCUCUGAGUGCUCUGGAUGCUACCACCGCUGCUCAGGUCUUUGCCCGCGUGUUUGCUUCUGACGGCAUCUUACGUCGCAACGGAGUUGCGGUGAUAUUGGUGACACAUGAGUGGAAUCAUCUAGCUCAUGCUGACCAUGCCAUUUUCAUUGAUCAAGGAACGAUCGUUGAGCAGGGACCUCCUCAGAUUCUCCAGAGAUUGCGAGAUCAUGUCAUGCAGAAAGAGUUCAAAGACAUAUCCCUUCAACAAAACAAUUUCGAUCUAGAGAAACAGAAACCCCGAUCCAGCAAUCCAAUAGACCCUGACGACGUCUUAGCACGCCAUAAAGGAGAUUUGCACGACUAUGCUUACUAUUUUCGCACGUCGGGCGGGUGGUCAAUGAUGCUUUAUGCAGGAGCGCUGGUUGUUGGUCUCUUCAGUGCGCAAUUCACAAGUCUCUGGGCUCAGUGGUGGGCGGAGACGAAUGAAAAAACCCCGUUCGGACAGCUGGCACGGUAUAUUGGCAUUUACACAUUCUUAGCAGUGGCCGCGGCAGCCCUCUGGGCCUACUGCAUGUGGCUCGUCUUCUGUCGCAUCGUCCCCACGUCCUCAAGUCGACUCCACGAGCAUUUGGUAACCAAGGUCAAAGAUGCACCGCUAUACUGGCAUACAUCAACCGACAUUGGUGUCAUCCUCAACCGCUUCAGCCAAGACAUGACAAUGAUAGAUCGGUCGCUUCCAGCAGACUUCUUGAAGACAUCCAACUACCUCGUCCAGUGUGUCAUCAGCGUGGCGUUCAUUUGCAUUGGAGCAGAAUACAUGGCCACGCUCAUCCCUGUCACCGUGUUUGGUAACUUUGAGGCGGAGCACAGGGACUUACUGCAAACAUCCCAGCGACCGUACUACUUCCUGUUCGUCAUUCAACGCUGGUUGGCUCUUGUUCUAGAUCUGCUUGUCGCGGCUCUGGCAGUCAUGUUGGCUGUUUUCGCGGUCGUUGUGCCCAAGAUGGGCUUGAUCGGAGUCUCCCUCAUAUCUCUCAUCACAUUGAACGAACAACUCGCUGAGCUUAUCAACUGCUGGACAUCCCUAGAUACUAGCAUAGGCGCCAUAUCUCGGAUACGAAGCUUCGGAAAGGUGCCCACCGAGCAUCUUUCUCACGCAACCCAAAACCCCCCUCUUACAUGGCCUUCUGAAGGCUCCAUCGCCUUUCAGAAUGCGACCAUGGCCUACGCACCAACCGCCUCCCCCAUUCUCCGCAAUAUAACACUAAGCAUCCCUGCCGGCUCCAAGCUAGGCGUCUGCGGCCGCACCGGCAGCGGCAAAAGCUCUCUCAUUCUGGCCCUCCUGCGCAUGAUCGAGAUCCAGAGCGGGGAUAUCAGUAUCGAUGGCGUGAGCCUGCAAUCCUGUCCGCGUGAUAGCAUCCGCAGCAAGAUCACCGUGAUACCUCAGGAACCAGUCCUAUUUCCCGGCACGGUCCGGGAGAAUAUUACCACGUUCCAGACCAUGGAUGAUGACAAGGUGCUUCAUGCCAUGGAGAGGGUUCAGCUUAGGGAGCACAUCGCAGCCCAUGGUGGUCUUGACACGGGUAUAGAGGAGUUGCCGUUGUCGGCGGGCCAGAAGCAGCUGCUCUGUUUAGCGCGGGCUAUUGUCUCGAAACAGAAGAUUCUCCUGCUAGAUGAAGUAACGAGUCACGUGGAUGUUAAGACAGACGAGGCUAUGCAACGAGUUAUUCAGGAGGAGUUCCGCGGAUGCACUGUUAUUGCGGUUGCGCAUUGCGUGCAUAAUUUGGUGGAUUAUGAUCGGAUUGCAGUGUUUGAUGAGGGUCGGGUGGUGGAGUAUGAUGCUCCCUCGGUGUUGCUUGGACGUUCGGGAUCGGUGUUUGGGCAGUUGUAUGACCAGACGCGAUCUGCAAGUCAUUAG